CCCUCCAACAACAAAAGACUCAAUUUGCAGGUGAAAAAUUCUAAUUAGCUAAAUCUGCUCUUAAUAUUAACAAAUAAAUCAUUUAAUGCAUUUAAGAACCCCAGAUUUUUAAAAAUAGAAUAAUCAUCGAGGAUGCAAAGUUCACACAUCAAAUUACUGAAUUAUAUCUUAAAGCUUCGCUAUCCAAAAUAUCCAGCGUAUUACUUUCCAAUCUACUUAAUUCUCAAGUUCCUCCAAGAAUUCGAUUUUAAGUUCAAUACUAGAAAGCUUCACUUCCAAUUGUGUGCAAUUCCGAAUAAAUAUUUUGAAUUUUUAUGUCGUGAACAUGAAAUAAGAUCGGAACAUACAAUAUUUAUUAAUCAGAAGGUCUUUGACUAUUAUAUCUAUCAAAAAGACGUAAACUUUCUCAAUGUCCUGCUUAGCGAUGCAACGAAAAAGACAAAGAAAUUGUCACAAGCUGAAAAAGUCAUGAAAUCAAUUUUAGAUUCACCAAAUAAUGCUAAUAAAGAUAACAAGGCACAAAUUAUGUAUCAAGUAUUUCCAUUGGAUAUACCGAUUAACAAAAUAUUCAUCAAAGAAAAUUCUUAUUGGAACUUUUUGGACAAAUACAAGCUAAGCAUUGAUCAUGAAGUUUAUGUUAAUUUGACAAUGCUGGCUCAGAAUCAGAAAAUGCCACCAAUUUCCACAAAAGCUAAUGUUUUCCUGAUCAACUCUCCUUAUGAUGUGCCAAGUACAUUUUCUGAUGACGUCCUGAAAGAAUAUUUCAAGAAGCCAAGAUUAAUGUACAGAAAUCACACUUACAGAAUUGAUUUGACUGAGAAGGAACUUGGAAACUUUAUAUUCUGUGAAAAUUUCCAGUUAAUCACUAAACUUAAGAGACUUUUUAUUAAAUGUGUUCAUCUUGAAUCUAGAGAGAAUCCAUUUGAUACUUGCGGAAUUGUCAUGCAUAACUUAACAAGCUUGACACAAACAACAACAAUUAAUUAUCAAGUUCCUCGUCAAUUACUUAGCGAUCAUUUUAUUACAAGCUAUCCAUUUGGUCUUAAAAAUGCCUAUGAGAAUCUAAAAUCAUCAAUUCUUCCAUUUGUCAUGUCUGAAACAUCCAAAGAGCUCCUCAAGUCGAGGAAAAUAUUCCCAAUAAUUCAAAUUCUUGGCGAGCGUGGCAGUGGAAAGAGAAAAAUUCUUCAAUCAUUGGCCGAUAGUUUAGGAAUUCAUGUCUAUUAUGCUGAAUGUUGUGACAUUUCAUCAUCAUUGGCAUCGCAAACGGAACAAAAAAUUUUAUAUACUUUACAUCGUGCCACAAACUGUCAACCAAUCAUCAUUUGCUUUAAUGAUUUUGAGUUUUUCGGAAAGAACAAUGAAGGACACGAGGACGAGAGAGUCAUAAGCUUUUUUAAGUCUGAACUUAACAAAUUGUUCAGUAAGAGCACUUUUGAAAAUCCGAUUAUUGUUGUGGCUUUGGUCAACAGCAAUCAGCCACUCAAGUCGCAGAAGCUAAAUGAAUUGUUUUUGGAAACAAUCACUAUUAAGCCAUUGGAAAAGGAUGAGAGAUUCAAGUGCCUCUUGUGGUAUCAUCAGCAAGAAGUGUUUGAUAGAAAUUGUUACCUUAUUAAGAAGAGGAAGCUUGAUAACUACAUCAAUAUGAGAAUUAAGUCCAUAAAUGAUCAAAAUGACUUGAAUAUUUUAAAAUCGAUGGCUGAACAGACACAAGGUUUCCUGUUGGGUGAUUUGAGGAUUCUUUAUGAACGUUCAAUUGACAAGCCUAGUCAAGAUUCAUUGAAGCUAGUUCUAGACGGAAAUAAGUUCAAGGAACAACUUACAAAAAUUAAGAAAAGUUUCAGUGACAAUAUCGGAACUCCUGAAAUACCUAAAGUUUUAUGGGAUGAUAUUGGAGGUUUGGCUAAUCUAAAGACAGAAAUUCAGAACAGCAUUGGAUUGCCAUUGAAAUAUUCACAUCUUUUGGGCGGGAAGAACAUGAAGAGAUCUGGAAUUUUGUUGUUUGGACCGCCAGGAACUGGCAAAACAUUGAUAGCUAAAGCAGUAGCAACAGAAUGUAACUUAAGCUUUUUAUCCGUUCAAGGACCUGAACUACUCAACAUGUACGUCGGUCAGUCGGAACAAAAUGUUCGUGAAUUAUUUGCCAAAGCUCGAGGAUGUGCUCCAUCAGUUGUGUUUCUCGAUGAACUUGAUGCUUUAGCUCCAAACCGUGGUGUUGCUGGUGAUUCUGGUGGUGUUAUGGACAGAGUAGUUUCACAGCUAUUGAGUGAAUUAGAUGGAGUUGAUGAUGAUCCUAAGAAGCCAGUUUUUAUUCUUGGUGCAACGAAUAGACCUGAUUUGAUUGAUAAGCAGUUACUUAGACCUGGAAGAUUUGAUAAAAUGCUUUAUGUUGGUCCGUGCACUUCUGUUGAUGAUAAGGAGCUUGUGUUGAAAGCUUUGAUGAAGAAAUUCAAUCUGAAAAAGGAAGUUUGCACAAGAAAAGUUGCUGAAAUUAUUAAAUGUGAUGUCACAGGUGCUGAUCUUUAUUCUAUUUGCUCAAAUGCAUGGCUUUGUGCUGUUCGUAAGUAUGUUCAAAAACAUGGCGGUGGGAAAUUAAAGGAAAGUGAAAUGACAGCUGAAAAGAUUCUUGUUGGACUUGAUGACUUUACUAAGUCUUUAGAUCGGUUUGUAUCUUCAUUAAAUCAAGUGGAUAUGGAAUAUUUUAAGAGGUUGCAGGUAAAUUUUGGUUCAUAAAGGACUUAAUUGAUGUGAAUUUUAAACGAAUUUAUAGAAUAUUUGAAGGUGCAAUAAAGACAUGAAUUUUAUAACUAGAUGUUGUUGUUCAAAUGUUAUCGACUGAUCUCACAAGUCGGAAUUAAAACAAAAUGUUCACUUUAUUUCCCAUCAUGUGGAUUUCCAUACCAU